UAUCAGUGUCUAGAAUCUAGUAAUUCAAUAAUUGUGGCGUUCUGCUUCAUUUGGUGACAAUUGAAAGAUUUCGAUUGUCGAUUGUAUUCAAAGUUGCGAGUUAAUUGCAAAGCAUGUGCACGUCCAACUAUAUAAAAAUGGGCAAACAUUGAGGAAAUAACAUCAAUUUAGUCGCAGAUCUUACAUCGGGGAACAAUCCAAAAUACAAAUAUGUUCAAAUCGUUGUUUAUCGCCGCCAUCCUCGUCGCAUUCGUGGUCCAAGCAGAUGCACGCAGAAGCUUUUUCCCGGCGGAGUAUAGAAGGAGCAGCCAAAAUGGCGUUGUGGCCAGAAACGUACUCCCCAAGGUUCUGAGUGAAGUCGACAAGCUUGUGUUGCAGGUGAUCGAUGACGAUCUGAAGAUUCCAUUCCUGAACGAGGUGCUCACCAUCGUGCACAAGACCAUCCGCAAGGUCAGAAGCUUCCACGAAAGUCUACCCUCGUUCAUUAAGAACAUCAUCGAUAGGGGCGUCGAUUAUUCCGCCAACCUAGUUUUGAGAGUGGUCAGUUGUAUCCUCAAGAUGGCCAGGGGUAUCAUCAACAGGUUCAAGGGUAUUUUCUCCUUCUGAAUGGGUCUGAUUUAAUUUUUUGGAAUGAUUACAAACAAUAAAGACUAAAUCCAACAGCUACAACUGUAUCAUUAUUAUUAUCAUCCUACCCUUUUAUCCCUAAACUAUAUAAAAGUAUAUUAGUUUAGCAUUCGAAAACCAUAACAAAUGCUAUAAUUGCUAAACAACUCUUAUUAAUUCCAUCAUUUCACUAUAGUUACCAAUGACAGCUAAUGGUUGCUAUGCACA